UUUGUGCGCGCCUACGCGGUACAGACUGAAUCAUAAUAAGUACAAUAUAAUUUCUUCAUGUAGGGAGCGAUUAACCAAAUUAAAGAUUAUUUUUAGUGAUUAUAUGGAUCAUUUAAGUACAAUAGUAUUGAAAUAAAAAUGUCAAAUAAUUAUAUUUUCAACUCUGUACGAAAUUAUAUGGCUUCGAAUUAUAUGAUUGUUGAUCAUGAUUGGUUAUCAGGAUGUGUCAAUCAUUUAAUUGACAACAACUUUAACGAAGAUGAAAUAAAACUACAAACGAAAGAACAAUGGCUAUUAAACAAUUUAACUGACGUGUGUCCAGGAUCCUUACCUUCGAAUUUGAAAAGUGAAGUCUUAACAGAAUUAAAAGGUCAAUAUGUACUCCAAAUAAAUGCUUUAGUGGAUAUUGGGUCUUCAGCUUAUCAGCAACAUUUAAAAUUACAAAAAGUAAAUACGGAAAACAUUGAGGCGACUACUAGAUUUGAUGAGAAAAUAUCAAGUCACAGAAUGAUUAAAUUGUAUAUGACAGAUGGCGUUCAAGAGAUCGUUGGCAUAGAAUACAAACCAUUGAGGAACCUCACACUCGACGUGAUACCAGGGAGCAAGGUGCUUAUAAAAGGUCCAGUGGAAUGUAGGCGUGGAGUGCUUUUGUUGACAGAAAGUUGUAUAGAAUUACUCGGCGGUGAGGUCGCGGAAUUGAUAAUCGCAAACUCGCAAGCCGCUAUUCUGUCUUCUAAAUUGAGUUUACCAAUUCCACAGGCGAUAAAUCAACCAACAAAUCGUAAUGUUCCAACACCUGAUGUCGAAACGGCUCAUCCAGUCAUUUCCCAUGAACAAAUAGAACCAAUGAGCAAUUUCGUCGAAGACGAAAUCGACCUGGAAGAAAUAGAUGUAAUCGAAGCCCAGUACAGCGGAACCUUAACAAAAAGGCGCUCAGAGGACGACAUUUCGAAUCCAGAUAAAAGAAUUAAAAGAAACUGUGUCUCCAGUUCGAAUAAUGUCGACGAUUAUCCAGAUGACAAUGAUAUGAUCUUCGAAGACGAAGAGUAUCUUAAAGAGCUGGAGGCGAAAUUUGAUGAGAGGGAAAAUGAAAUUGUGGCGUUUAAUUCUAACGGCAGCAACAAUGGACUUUCCAGAUCUGAAUCUAACAACUUGAGUGAUGUUAUGUCUGCGUCUACUUCUAAAGAUGAUCGUUCACAACUCCCUAGUCGAUCCAUUAGACCAUCGUCCGAACCAUUUGUGUACAUAAAACAGAUUAAUGAAUUGGAUGAGAUGGAAAGAAUCGGUAAAGUUUUUAAGGUGAAAGCGCAAAUUUUAAAGAUUUUAUCGAAGUUGACAGUAGGUAAGGAGGGGUGGAGCUUAAGCUGUACAAUUGUCGAUGGUACGGGAUCUAUAGACGUUGACUUCUCGAGCGAUGUCCUAUCCAAAUUAGUCGGGUUCACGCCCCAGGAAAUGAUACAGAUGAAAAAGCAAAUGGCGACAAACGCUGAGGUUAAGGAUGCGGCCGUUUCGGCUCUACAAAAAGCUAAGGAUAAUCUUCAAGUACUAUAUUGUAUCAUUGAAAUCAUUAUAAUGGAACGCCCCUUGAUCACACAACUCAUACCAUUUGAAAGUUAUCACACAGACCUUUUGAUAAAGAGACUACAAGAUAGUGGGCUGUGAUAAAAAUAUUUGUUAGCACGUGAUUAGAAAAAAAAAGUUUAGUCUAUGGUGCUUCAAUGGAAGGAAUAAGGAAUACUAAUGAUAUUUACAAAACGAAUGUCAAAUGUCAUAGACCAAUAUGUGAACUAUUCGAAAUAAGAAUAUAAAAUGGUCGUAGUUGAACUAUAUAUAUAUGCAUAUUUUAUAUGACAUAUACAUAAAAUCUUAGGCAUGGUUUUGAUGAUGUAAUAGUUAAUAUUUGUUACGGUACCAAUGUGUAUGGGCGAUGGUGACCACUUACCAUCAAGUGGUCCAUCUGCCCGUCCACCUACCUAUAUUAUAAAAAAAAACCAAUGAAAUAAUACAU